GCGAACGCGGGGGCCGCCGCGGCCGACGUCCGCGCGGCGCGGGCCGCGGCCGGCGCCGCGCUCGUCGCGCGCGCGGCCGCGCGCGCGCCCGGCGGCGCCUUCGCCGCCGACGUCGCGGCCGCGCUGCGCUGGGACGCGGCGGGCCCGGCGCCCGCGCGCGCCGGCGGCGCCUUCGGCGCGCCGCCCUUCGCCGUCGCCGUCGCCGACGGCGCGGGCGCCGCGGGCGGCGGCGGCUUCUGCUUCGUCGCGCCGACGACGGCGGCGAACGCGCGGCGCGUGCUCCGCGCCUGCGUGCUGCCCCGGGCCGUGCUCCUCGAGGGGCCGCCGGGCGUCGGCAAGUCCGCGCUCGUGUCCGCGCUCGCGCGCCGCGCGGGCCGCGCGCUCCACCGCGUGAACCUGAGCGAGCACACGGACCUCGGCGACCUCCUCGGCGGCGACCUGCCCUGCGCCGAGGGCGCCGUCGCCGCCUUCGAGUGGCGCGACGGGCCGCUGCUGACCGCCGUGCGCCGCGGCGACUGGGUGCUCCUCGACGAGCUCAACCUCGCGCCGCAGCCCGUGCUCGAGGGGCUCAACGCCGUGCUCGACCACCGCGCGGCGCUCUUCGUGCCCGAGCUCGGCGAGAGCUUCCCCUGCGCGCCGGGCUUCCGCCUCUUCGCGACGCAGAACCCGGCGGCGGACGGCAACGCGGGGCGCCGCGGCCUGCCCAAGUCCUUCGUGGACCGCUUCGGCCGCGUCGCCGUCGAGGGCCUCGGGCCCGCGGACCUCGUCGCCAUCGCGUCCCACGCCUACGCGCUCGACGACGCCGAGGGCGCCCUGGGGGCCUGCGCGGCGCUCCUCGCGGAGCUCCGGGACUCGGGCGCGCUCGGCGCCGGCGGCGACGUCAACGCGCGCGACCUCGAGCGCUGGUGCGAGGUGCUCGCGGCCGAGGGCGGCGGCGCGACGCGCGCGCGGGGCCGCGACGCGGCGCUGCGGCUCUUCCUGCCGCGGUGCCGCGACGACGCCGCGCGCGCCGCCGUCGCCGCCGCCGUCGACGCGCGCCUCGGCGCCGGGCCAGCGGCCGCGGCGACGCCGCGCGUCGCGCUCCCGGCCGGCGCCGUCGGC